AUGAUUCGCAAACGAAGUGUUCUUGAGGUGAAUGGGUAUGAUCACAGUCGCUUUAUACUCCGGAAGUUUGCUAGCCUCUGGGCUUUGCAUCCAUACCGGAUUACGAGUGAUUCGACAGCGGAAAAAGUUCACUUCAUAUUCGACAAGGACAGCACUGUGGUUGCGCGGCCAUGGCUUCACUUAGAUGGAAGUGUUAACGCAAAGAUGGCUCUCAAGUUGAAGCGGAAGGUCGUGAAUAUCGUCAUGUGCUGUCCUGGUAUUCAAGAUUGCGCUGUUCAGAAGAAGAUGCGGAAGAUUGUCAGUCUGCAGGACAUGCGCGUGCUUUUGGAGGAAUUGAUAAGUAGUGGAGUUCUGUAUGCUCGGACUGACAUAAUGACGCUGUCACCCGGGGAACUACGAUACGUCGACUUUUCCCGGGAACGUCUGCACUAUUUCCCGUCGAUCAACUGCAUGGAGCUGCUAGGAGCAGAAGCGUGUGACGCCGACCUCGGCUGA